AUGAGCAGUUUAGACGUUUUGCCAUUGGAAGUUAUAGACAAGACCAUAGACCAGCAGGUACACAUAAUAUUACAGUCAAAUCGCGAAUUUAGCGGUAAGUUGGUGGGAUUUGAUGAGUUUGUAAAUGUGAUCUUGGAAGAUCCAAUCGAAUACACUACAGAAAUUACAGCAAAUGACGGUUUGAAAAGUGAAGUGGUAAUGGAACACCAUGGAAGGAUGCUAUUAAGUGGUAAUAACAUUACUAUGCUUGUGCCUGGUGGUAAGAAGCUAUAA